AUGAUUCACCAAGCGCACCAGCCAUGGGUCGCCAUCUCCGCUAAGCGCCCGGGCCUCUGGCGCCCCGCGGAGGCAGCCAUGCCGUCCGCCAAGGCGGCCAGCCCCGGCGCCAAGCCGCUAUCGCGCGGGCGUUGGCGGUCGGCGGGCGAGCGGUGGACGUGCGGCGCGAUGGCGGCGGCGCAGAUGGGCGUCGCGCUGCUGCUGUUGGCGGUCGCCGCCACCUCGCUGCUCCUCCUCGGCUGCAUCCGCCUCCCCAACCGCCAGGUGCCCCGCGCUCUCCCCUUUCUCCCCUCCCCUCCCCCUUUCUCCCCUCCCCUCCCCCUCUCUUCCACCCUCCCUUCCCCUUUGUCUCCCCCCACUCUCCCCCUCUCCCUCUCCCCGGCCCCCCUCCUCCAAUACCGCCCCUUCCACCUCCCUCCAGUCUUCCCCCUGUGCACCAUGGACGCCUGCUUCAACUUCCCCCGCUGCCCCUCCCCACCCGCCCACGAGCCCCUCGUGUACUCCUACUGGCCCGCCACCAGCUCAGUGCUCAUAAGCUUCUCGGACAACUGGAGCGGCCCACCAGCGUGGAGUGUGGGCAAGGCGGCGCUCAUGCUCACAGCGGCGCACCUCACAGUGCACCGCGCGCUCUUUGACGUCUCCCUGCCGCUGCCGCCCACCUGGAAGCGCCACGCUGCCGCCAUGCGGGCGGUGGCGGUGGGUGAGAGGCGGUACCUGCUGACGUUCAUGGGCACGCGCUACCUGGGCUCCAUGCACGGCAGCUUCAGCAGCUCCAAAGAGUUCAAGGCGCUGCACAACGGCAAGGACAUCAUUGUUGUCACUCAGUGCGGCCCCUCCCCGACCAACCAGGCGCUGACAGCUGGCGCGAUACCAGUGGUGGUGGCGGACAACUAG